GGCCGAAGGGACCGAACCCGAACCCGAAACCCGAAGCGAGAGGAGGAAGAGUCCGGGACGGGGACAGGCAGAGAUCGCACAAAGGCCUCGGCCUCGACUAGAAAUCGUGAAUCGCAUCGCGCAGAUGCCCCGCGCGAAGGCCAACCCCGAGCGAAUAUGUCCGAGUACUUCAUCUGGAUUUCCGUCUUGCUGCUCACGUUGCUGGACGCUGCCGUGAAAUCGCAAGUCUCCGUGCGUGACAAGUCACAAGCAGUUUCCACCGCAUUGGGUGGGGAGCCAUAAAGCAGCUGACAGCUGCUUCGCCUUGGACCAUGGCAUUUCAUCGACUCACUGGAGUUCUGUUUGUCAUUGCCUUUUUCCACCCCAACCACAAUGCCCGCUACGUGGUCGGGCCCAUUCCGGUGGCAUCGCACGCGAACACGGACGCGGACGCCGAGCCCGUCAGAAUGGCGAAACUCGAGGCUAAAGGCGCCCACAGUACACACAUUAGUAUGGAGGGGGAGAAAAUGCAGCUCCAGUUCACCCCACCCUCGUUAGACUUUAACAAAUGCACUGUUGGCACGGCUCGUUCAGAGAAGGUGCUUGUACAGAAUACUUAUAGAGAUAAAUCAGUACAGUUACUCUCCAUAUCAGGAACUAGUGCCCAUGUGCAUAGUUCACUUUUUGAAGACAAGGUCCUGCCUCCAUUACAAAACACAUCUUUUCACAUUGUGUUUGUGGUCAGAGAACUGGGUCCCUUCCUCAGCCCUUUGUUUAUUCAUACUUCUGAGGGCACACACAAAUUUAUGGUGGAAGGUAUUGGUGUGGAGAGUCCCUAUCGACUUCAACCUAUAGUGGUAAAGCGGUUGCCAUUAAAUGGAGUACUGAAACAACAAAUCACUAUUCACAAUCCGCACCCCGUUCCAAUCACUGUUUUGGAGUUGGUUAAAAACAUAGAAGAUUUAAGAUUAGAUCUACCGUCAGGGAGAGGGCAAGGAUCUCAAGCUUUGUGGAAAUUACCUCCAUACUCCACAAAAACUAUAAUGAAUGCUCAUUUCAAGGCUUCUACUAUUAAUAAUUUUACUGGUUACAUUAGAAUGAAGACAGACCAGAAAGAUGGUAUUUUAUUCAUUCCAGUUGAUAUAACAGUCUCUGUAAACCCAGGGUUGUACAUUUCUGAAGACAAACUCGACUUUGGGUUUGGUAGCUCUUUGCAAGAGCCAUCAACAUAUACUUUAGAAGUCUUAAACAGCGCUCGCCGGGCUAUUAAAGUCACUAAAAUCGAGGCUGAGCCAUCUUCAGAAGCAAUUAAAAUUAAUUUUGAACCUCUGAAGGUACCACCAAACAACACCCAUCCAGUCUUCAUUGCUUCUAUAACUGUAGAUUGGAAAAGAGCCUGUGAGGAAAAGCUCACAUCAGGCAAGUUAAUCUUGCGAUCGAAGGGAGGUCAAGUUUUAUUGACAGUGCCAUAUAGUCUUAAUCCGCAAGAGGGUACUCUUGGGUACGAUAAAUAUAUUACAACAUUCUGGGCUGGAAAUGAGGCCAGAAAUGCCAUGCUUAUCGAUUUCUGGGUACAGAAUGAUUACAAGACUCCCCUUGCAAUAAGUAGAGUAGAGCUUCAACCUCUAGCUCCAAAGCAGAAAAAUAAGGCUUUGAAGCUAGAACCGACAGUUCUGUCUCCAGGAGACAAACUAACAUUAAUGAAGUUAGGAAAGCCAUCCUCCGUGAAGGGAAUGGCUUUCCUUGUUGUUUUUACUAACAUUACAGCAAUAAAUAUAACGCUUAACAGUUAUGAUGGCAAGCUUCAUCCUAUAAUGCUUUCUCUAAGGCCAGAUGAAGAUUUGGACUUGGGGCUUGUGGGACAUGGGUGUGUAAAGGAAGGGUUUUUUGCUCUCCUGAAUUUGAAUCCUUUAGCUAUUGAAAUUACAGACUGGAAGAUAACUUACAACAAUGCCAACUUAGAACUACUUGGCAUUGACAAAGAGAAAUUUUCAACAACAAAUCUCCUUGCUCGCACAAGUUUUACUGACUAUGACAGGUCAAAUAUUCGUGUUGUUGAGGCUGGAAGCUAUGCUGUUUUUCGGCUCCGAGUUCAGGCUCCAAGCCACAAUGAGAAUAUUGUAGAAACCAUCAUGGUUUUUACUGAGUAUGAAGAUAUUAAAAUACCUUUCCGAUUGAAUGUUCUUGAUGGAUCUCUUGAAAUGGUGAAGGAUUCCCUUGUGCUUCCAGAUUGUUUUCCUGGAAAGCAUUGCUUUGCCACUGUUCAAGUUCAGUCAACUUUUCCUGCACUUAUGUUGGUGGAGUCCGUGGUAUCAGUACCACACUCCUCUGAUUUGCGGUUUUAUUUUCCUCAGUUGAAACAAAAUAUUGCCAAAUCCAUCAUAAAUCCCAGCACCACAUCCAGUAUUGGCCAUUUGCUUUGGGGUGGCAAGGAUGCUCCUGAAGAGUUAAUUUAUGUGGAAGGCUACUCUGAUCCUGCCAACACUCCUUGUAUGCAGCUACUAGGUCUUCCACCUAGAACUAAAGAUAUUGACCUUGGUGUGAUGCAACGAAAUUGGGACCGUUUCAAGAAGCUUACUAAUAAUGGGAAGGAUCAAUGGAAAAAUUAUACUUUUCUCAUGGACACAUCGGGGGUCCGAAACUUUCCUUUCGAGGUAAAAGUUCGUCUGAUUUGGCCACGAUUGACCAAUAUUACAGACCAGAUUGUCAAAUUUCCCCUAACGCAAGUGGGGAAUACAUCCUACUCUACAGUUGAAAUUAUUAAUUCUGCAUCCUCAGCGUUGCUUUUGCACAUAGUGUUAGAGGAUGAUUACCCUGGGGCAAAUGAGUUGCUCUCUUCUUUGCCAGCAAGGUUACUUCCCUCAUGUUCAGACUGUCCAGAGGUUGGCAAAGGAAAGAAAAGUUUUGGAUUAAAGUCUCAAGGUGUAACGUCCAGUGAGGAAUCGUCUCUGCUACAAGAGGCUGGGGUCCAUCCUAGAACGUUGCUACUCUUACUAGGCCCAUUGCAGUCAUCCAGGAUAUUUGUAACAUUUACUCCAACUGAAACUGGUACCAGCAGUUCGACACUUAUUAUUAGAAAUAGUUUGACAGUAUUAGAGGUACUGAUGUUGAAAGGCAAAGCUGCUAAACCUCAAUUUAGGUUUGGUAACCGCCAUCCAGGUACUUCUAUCCCUUUUACAUUUGAUAUUCCAGAAAAUCUUCUUCAAGAGUGUGGUCGCAUAAGGGCACCCAUGUCACCUCAGAUUGACAGAAACCUGAAUGUAAGAAAAUCUGAUGCCGUCGAUGAUGAAGAGGUUGCCGACAGCCUGGAAGAAACUCUUGAUGAGCUGCACAAUAUGUACCCUGUUCCUUUUAUGACGGUAAAGCGACUUAUCACUGCUCGCAACAGUGGCAACCUCCCGAUUACAGUCUCGUCCAUUUCAAUUAAUGGUUCGCCUUGUGAAGGGAAUGGUUUUCACAUCAUUGACUGCGAGCCGUUCCUGCUCCUGCCGAACGAAGGGAGGCGUAUAGACAUUGCACACACUCCAGGCUUCACCUUCUCCCGCCUCCGGGCACUUUUAGAAUUCCACACUAGUAUGGGAUUCCCCGUCAACUUUACCCUUGAGUCCUUUGUACCACCAGAAUACUUGCGGCCUUGCUAUGCUGCCAUGCCACGACCUCGAUGGGAGGCUUUUCUUCUGCUUUCCUCUACCUGCGUGAUGACAUUGCUGCUAUUUGGUGUCCUUAUUGCUGCAUUCCUUGACACUGAUAGAAUUAUGCACAGUUCAUUUUUCACUGUAGCAAACCUUGCUCCUAUACUUGACUUGAAUCUCAUUGAUGACAGCAUGUUUGGAAAUAAAGAAGAAAGUGAAGAGGUAGAAAAAUUAGCCAAGCGCCACACCACACCAGAGAUUACAUCAGGCGAAACAGAUUAUUUGCCUGCAUCCCCCCCUGCAAAGGUCUCAUCCGUUGUUAUGACAGUGUCGCAAAUCACAAGACCGACUCAAGCUGCUGUACUGGGAUCUUCCCACGGGUCUCCUCCGGGCCCCUCUCAGGGAUCCCCUCAAGCACUUUCUCGCGCAUCGUCUCAUGGCUCCUCUCCGGGCGCUUUUGGCUAUCCCUAUGGAAACAGCCACUACUUGCGUCAGUCUCACCCGACCCAUGCGCCGUCACAGGUGCACUCAUCGGCAUCCCACUAUCACCAGCAGCAUCACCAGCAGCAACAGCAUCACCAACAGCAGCAGCAUCACCAACAGCACAAUCAGCAUCAUCACCAACAACAUAACCAGCAGCAUAAUCAGCAUCACCAUCAACAGCAUAACCAGCAGCACCACCACCACGCGCCGUCACACUCGCACUCCCACACUGGGCCCGCCCACUUCCACGCGCCGUCCCACUUCCAGCCGCACAGAGGCAGAAGCAGCGGCAACCACCACUCGUGGUUGUUGUGGUUCAAGAGUUUCUUCUUCCCCAUUUUCAAAGAAAAGUCGAAAGGAAGAAACUCGUUCAUUGCUGCAGCGCAAGCAGCCGCGGCUCAGGCUGCCUUUACACAAGCUGCCGAUGAAGAGGCAAAGGAAGUCGCUGCACUUGUCAACAAUGCAGCAACAAUUCAGCGGGGAGGCAAAAAGAAAUGUCCCAAAAGAGACCCACCCCCAGAAGAGUACCACGGUCGUCGCGGACGGCAGGGAAAGCGGAGGGGUGGAAGUCAAGGGGGAGGAGGGGGCAGUGGAGGAGGCGGUGCCGGAAGUGGAAGUGGAACAGGGGGUGGAGGCGACGGCGGGGGAAAUGAGAACAGAAAUGCAGGUGCUGGAGACGGCCUGGGCCUGGGAUGUCCUCAGCACUCUCGAGGUGCUGGGUCCAGGAGAGACAGACGUAAUAGAAAGGGUGGUCGGUGUACCUGCAAGUCAGAUGGAGUCACUCUGUUGGCAGGCGACAUGUCACUUAUGGAUGAAAUUGAUGAGGAAGGAGAGAUGUCCAACUUUGAAGAUCCAGUUCCAGCUGAUGAUCCCAUCAAUGAAUUUGAUCCUGAUCCUGACAUAAGUAAAAGAGGGAAGGAUAUUCUUGGCAGUAAGGAUACAAUCAUUGAGACUGAAGGAUCAAAACGAUUUGAGAGAGAAUGGGAAGGAGACAAAGGAAAGAAGACUGAAUUAGAAACUAAACGAGAUUCCUCAAGUCAAAGCCAUAACCAGGCAAGCAAUACAAAAGGUUCUCGCUCUGGAAAGAAAGGCAAAGGGAAUCAGAUUAUUAUUGACAAUCACAACGCAUCACACACUGAGCAGCAGAAUCACAGUCACAAGACCCGAAAUCAGUCUAAAAGUCAUCAAAGUCAAGGCCAUGAACUGCAAACCAAUGACCAAUUUGGGCGUCAUGGUCAUGAACAACAAGGACCUAAAAGUCAGAGUUAUGAACAGCAAGGACGUCAAAGUAAAGGGAAGGAUCCAGGUCAACAAAACAAAUUACAGGAUCAAGGCCAACAUAUUAAAGGGCAAGAUAUUUUGCUGCAAAAUAAAAGCCAUGAUCAAGCCCAACAUAAUAAAGAUCAGACGCUUCAAAUUAAAGGACCUGAUCAGUCCCCACAACUAGGAAAGCAAAGCAAGGGACAAGACCAAGGGCAGCAGAACAAAAGCCAAGAUCAAGGACAACAAAGCAAAGGACAGGAUCAAGGACAACAGAGUAAAAGUAAUGAUCAAUCGCAACUAAAUAAAGGUCAAGAUCAAGGACAACAGAACAAGAGUAAUGAGUCCUUACAACAAAACAAAGAUAACAAAAAUGAUCAAUCGCGCUCGAAUCAGUCAGGUCGCCGUGGUCAGGGUGGCGACCAACAGUCUGGAAAUCAACGUCAGCAGGGAAGCAAAAAGAGUCAAGGAGGAAGUCGAACCCAUGAUCAAAGCCAUGUUCGCAUUGACAGCAUGACUGUGAGAAGUAGAAAUGCUUACAGGCAAGGGAAGAACAGUGGUGGUAGUGGAACACCUGCUACUGAAAAUAAGCGGAGUAGUAUUUCGGAUUCUGGUGAGUCAUGUUCCCUUGAGCUUCCUUAUAAAAUCAAAGCAUCUGAUAGUUCAGGAAAAAGAUCUCCGAUCAUCUCUACUGUAACUUACAGUAGUGGAUUUGUAGACAUUAGUCAGCCAUCCACUAUGUCUAAUCAUUCUCAACAGGACCCUCCACCGGCACCGCCACCACCCAUCAAGAUGUGGGAGACAUCAUUCAGUGAGGUGGUGGCUAGAGGUGAACACACUUACUCCACAGUGGCUCGUAUGGGCAGCAAAGCCAGCACAGCAAGUACUAGUACUAGUACCAGUACACUAACUAUGACAGCAAGCACCACAUCAGACAGUGUGCCUGAAGUUUGUGCCCCGGUCAACAUCGAAAGAGUUAACAUUGACCCUACUGUCCUGGCAAGUGCUCCUGAUAACGGUUGUGCAGACUUUGUCCUGAAUGGCUGUACCGAUUCACAGAAUCUGGCUCUGUUGACAUUUGGUAUGAAGGACAAUAUGUUCAAAGCUCCUUGCUCUCCUCAUGAUGGAGCUCAUCAGUCACCAGAACAAAAGAAGGAACUUGGUCCGAUUGGGCCAAGGAAGAAACCAUCUGGACAAAACACUGCAAUAAUCGCGCCGUGGACUGAAAACGGAGCAUCUAGUUUGGUCCCUCAGCCUCCCUCCUCACCUGUGGUGUCGUCAAUUUUCCUGAGAGAAGGUCUUCGAGAAGGUCUUAGAGAGCCUUAUGAUACUUAUCCUGUCAUACCACCACCGGGAAUGGAUCCUCUUAAGGAAGGUCAAUAUGCGAGGUAUGCAAUGGAAAAUCGUUCACCCUCAAACAUGGCUAGUGAAUAUCCAUCGGAACCAACGGCUUCAUUUGACGAUGUGUAUGAGCAAUUCCACGAUCCUGAUGGACAUUUCAGUGGUGGAAGGACUCAACAACAACAACAACAGCAGCAGCAGCAGCAACAACAACAGCAGCAGCAGCAACAACUAAUUGGGCCAUUUGACUCUAUACGCCCCCCUCUUUAUGUUGGACCUUCAUCAUACAGCUUGAACCGUGUCACAGACCAUCAAUUGGAACAUCCUAUGGAUCUAAAUGGGGACCUAUUACACGAAUCUUGUGAUCAGCGAGUUGAGCAAGGAUUUGACCAGCCUUAUGACCAAUCUUUUGACCAGUCUUAUGACCAACAAUUUGACCAAGCUGCUUUGAAACAACAACCCUCUCAACAAGUGAUAGGUGGUCAACAGCAUCAAAUUGAUAUGCUUGUCCAACAGUUUCAACAGCAAUCAAUGCAGUCACAUCCUCAAUACCCUUCAGUUCAUCAAAUCCAGCUUCAACAACGGCAACUGCCUCAAACGCACUUGCAACAGCAACAACCACAACAGCCGCAGCAACAGCAGCCCUCACAGCAACAGCCCCCGUCACAGCCGCAGCAACAGCAGCAACCGCCACAGCAAGCACAGCAGCAACAGUCUCAGCAGAUGUCCAUGCACAUGUAUCAGCAACAGCAAAUCGGGCCUCAGGGUCAGGCGGUUGUCGUUAUUGGAGGUCAAAGAAAUAUUAUUGGAGAGGCUGGUAUCAUGCCUUACAUGUGGCUGGAUCAACAGUCUGCACAAGCUGCACAGGCGGUGCAAGCGCAACAACAAAUGCCACAGCAGCAACAGCCUACUCUCCCACAUCAAAUAACUCAAAUGUCACAGCAAAUUGCUCACCACUUGCCUCAACAAAUUUCCCAACAGUCUCCCAAACCCAUCCAAAUUCCUUCUCAGUAUUCCCAGCACCAGUUCCCCCAACAGCCAGCUGUGUCCCCUCAAACUUUAGCACAGCAAAUGCAGCAGUAUCACUUGCAGCAACAACAGAUGCAGCAGUCGCAACAGUCACAGCAGCAACAGCUGCCACCGGCACAACAAAUGCAUCAACCAUCCCCAGCACAACAGGCAAGCCAGCAGCACAUCAGCCAACAUCACCAGCAGCAAGUGACGCAACAGCAGCAACUGCACUUAAUCCAAGACGAGCGAAACAACAUGGUGGAUGAUGAGCAUCAGCCCCCAAGAUUCAGAGCUGAGAACUGGCAGAGGGUGGGCUCGCCAUGGGACAAGUCCUCAUCGAGUGGGUCUGGCAACACAGCUGUUGGCUCCAGGUCAGCUGCUGCCAAUGCGUCUGGAAAUAAUCCUCCACAUGGAAAUGCAGUGGGGAGUUCACUGGGGAGCGCCCUAGGUACAAUAGGAAGUUCCCUUGGAAGUUCAAUCGGGAGUCCACCUGGCAUUGUGCCUGCAAGCGCAGUAGGGCAACCUGUCGCGUUCAAAGGCCAUGAGGGUCGAAGCUCGGGACGGGACUCGGGCAUUGAGUCCUUGCCAAGUGGAGCCCGCAAUGGGUCUUUGUGGGGAGCCGUUGGUGAAACGUGGAUUGGCACUGCUGAUGUUGGAGCAGCUGCUGCAGCUGCUGCGAGGUCAGCAGCCCCAGCCAGCACAGCUAGCUCAACGUCAACCAUCGGGACAUCCAGCAGCAAUUGUCUGGCGACUACUUCAUCCAGCAUUUGGUCAAGCGAGUCUCUGUUGGGAAUAAGCCGGCCUUACACCCGGGAGCGGCCGGCCAAUGCUCAGGGGACCACCGCAGGGAACCAGCGGCAAGAGCAGGAAAAUACUUUUGAUCCAUUCCGUUCUCGAACGAUCAGCAACAUCUGGAGUUCUAAGACAAGCGGAAAAUAAAUGGGAUUAUUGAUCAACGGAAGAUCCAACUGAUUCUGAAGACUGGUAUAUUGGGACUGCUCUGAUUGUGUUUUAGGAAACCUUUCAGAAUCAUAUGAGAGAGUGCAUUUUGGUUGUCUUUGUUUCUCUUGACUUUCCUUCUUUCGGUAUUACUCAACUUUUAUUUUUUGUGAUCAGAAAUGUAAAUUGAUGGGGAAGCUCUGGUUGGGUGACCACAGUGAUAGAACUAAGAAAUGUUUUAUUUGAAACACAAUUUAUUAGAGAACUUAUCAGCAGACUUCUCUGCCCCAGUUAGCCUUGUGAUGCAACAUGUGUGAAUGAUUGAAUCUGUUUUUAUUAGAUUCACUGAACCUUUACUUCAUCAAGAAGUUUUUAUUUGUUACAAACGAUGUAUUAUUUUCCAUGUAAAUGUCUAUGUGAUACAAUUUUACAUCUAAGGCUUAUUGUAAGUUAGAUAUUAACAUACAAAUCUUAUAUUUAUGUAUUUGUCUUCCUCUCAAUGUAUAUUCUUGAUGUUUUUUUUUUGUUUGUUUUUUUAAAUAAUUCUUUUUCAGUAGGAGGUGUAGGAAGAAGUCUUCCUUCCAAGAUUCAUUAUUUCAAGGUGAAAUUUUGCAGCUUUGUUUAUCCUCUUAUAAAUUGCAAGUUUUUGAAAGGUGUCCUGCAAUUUAGAAAGUAGACAAACACUGUCUCUGUAAAACCUAGUCUAACUUAAGGUAUUCCAGUAAAUUUUGUGUUAAAGCAGCUCAUGGUUUAGUUUCAGUUUUCCAAAGUUCGUUUUUUAUAAUUAUUGAUACUUUCUCCUGACAUUUUGCCUUGCCAGUAGGUUGCAAUUUUAAUUUAAAUUUGUGACUGCCAGUUUUAGGUUUCUUUUCCUUUGUGAAAAAUAAUUCUGUGAUUUUUUUAUUUAAGAACUUCUUGUAGAUUUAGGUUUUGCUCUUAAAAAAGAAAACAAAAGAAAAAUUGGUUGUGAAUCCGUUCAGCAGUCAGUUUGUUACUUUGUGAUUUUCCUUAGAAAAAGUAGCACAUAAGGGCUCUUUAGUUUAGUCAACGAAUGUUUAAUUGUCCUUAAUUUAUUAUUGAUGAGAAAUAUUGUAACAUCAUAUUUCUUCUAUUUAUGAUGAAUUCUCAGGCACUUCUGUUGCUACAGACUGAUUUACAGAACUUGCUUGCUGUACUGUACAUAUAUUAUUUCAAUACCUUAGUAUGAUGUACUAAGAGCUACUCUCUGUGAUUAUGUUCAUUGGUACACUCAAUGCAUGCAAUUCCAAUCACACUGAACACGAUGAUCUUUGCAGCGCUUUUUGUAGUGAAGUGAGGAGGAGUUCAAAAGUGCUGUGAGACUUAAUGUGAAUAAAAAGGCAAGUGGUACUGUAAGUGUAGGGCAGAAGUAUGUGAGCAGAGCAUGAAAGGAAGGCAUCCUUCUAUCAAGGUGUCAUUUCAUUGUUGAAUGUUAUAGCCAUCUUGUGAUGUUCGUCAUUUUGUAAAGAUGCUUCUGAUGUAAUAAUUUAAUUAUAGUGCGGAUACUUCAAACGUCUGCAUUAUGUACAAAGAGUCUUUACUUGUAGUAAAUAAUGCCAUGAACACUCCCCCUCCUCCCCAACCGUCUUUCUAAAAUUGUAUGUCCUCAAGCAGUGAGUAACACCUUUAGGGUGGUGUAAACACCUGCUUGUUUGUCCCUUCCAUUCACCCCUCAUAUUAAUUGCUUAGUGGUAAUUAAGAACUGAAUACGGCAGAAACAUAUCCAUUUGUUACAGAUUUUUUUUUGUUUUACUGAACGCUUUUUGCCAUUUUCUGUUUGAGUAAAAACUAUAGUGCAUCAAUGAGUUUUGAAGAACCCUUGUCAAAGGAACUUGAUUCUGGACACUCAUUUUUAAGGUGAACCAACCAUGUAGUUCAUUGAUCCUUAAAUCUAAGUAACUUAUGCCAUCUAUUUGUGUGUGUUAUUAAUUUAUGUAGAUAUUCCAUUUCCAACCCAUGGCUCCAACCUGUAAUUUUGGUUGUGGUCUCUUUGUACCUGUUUGUUAGUUCAUGAAAGCUGCUAAGUUUCAUGAGGAAAAUGCCAAGGUUUCUUGUGCUGUAGUCAUUCAAAGGCACAUUGCUUUGUUAAUUUAUGUUGGCAUCUGAACAAUUGUUAGUUUUUAAUUAAUGACAUUGCCAAAGAAGAAUUAUUUGGUACCCCUUUGUGUUGUUGCUCAACAUAUAUGUUGCAGUUCUUGUCUUGAUUAAUGGAAGUGUUUGUGUAUCUUUCUGAAAAGAAUGGAACAAUAAAAAUGAACAAAUGUAGUGAA